AUGUCUUCCUUAAACCAUGUCUUCUCCUUUGCUUCACUCCCAUCAUACAAAGACCACUGUGGUUCCAUAGUUCCAGAGUCAACUGCCACUGAACUCACCCGAAACUCUUUCCCUUUCGAUGAUCAUAACACAGGUUACUUCACAGGAGGUGAUGGCAUCAUCGAUGGUGGAACAUCCUCGUACCAAUACUUGACCCUACAACCACUUAACGUGCGUGCCACCGAGUUCUCUGACUUGUUCAAAGUUGAAGCCUCUGUAUCACUCGCCUCCGUCAUAACUUACCAUGUAGGGAACUUCAGUUAUGGUGACAGAUUAAGGCAUGGGGGUCAACAUCGCUACCAUAGAAGGCAUGUAAGCUUCAAGCUUGAAGGGUUCUGGUCUGAGUCUUCAGGGAAGGUUUGCAUGGUAGGGACUGGGAGUGGUUAUUCCAAGGAAGGUAAGCAUCUUAAUCUGGAUGUUGUGUUUAACCUUGAUCAUGUGUUCAAUGUAAGCACUAUCACCAGCUUGGUUAGUGGAAGUUUGGUGAGCUUGAGUUCUCAAAACGAUGAGAGCUACUUUGAACCCAUUUCUGUGCUCAUGUUUCCAAAAGGGAAUUACAGUUAUACCUUGGAUUCCACAGAAGUUGCCAAGGAAUUCUCUUCAGGGAUUGAUGCUUCUGCAAAGGGUGAUUUUUCAUUUAACUCCUUGAGUUUUUGCUCAUUUCCCCUUUCAAGGGAAAUUAGAGGGCUUCAAUUAGAGUUCUCUCCUGAGUGCAAUUCUUCAAAGAACUGCACUCCUUUAAGUGAGAGUUCUGGUCAAGUGCCAUCUCUAAUGUCUUUGAAAGGGAUUGAGUGUUCUCUUGCUAACAACAAAUACAGGCUGCGAGUUAUGGUGAGGUUUUUGAAUACCAGUGAUUAUUGGGUUGGCAAAAUUUUCAACCCCAAAACUACGUUGGUAGGGGAAGGAUGGUGGGAUGAGAAGAAACGCAUGCUGUGUGUAGUGGCUUGUAAAAUCAUGGCCAAGGCACCAUCCAUGGCUGGUUCUCAAGUGGGUGAUUGCUCAACAAGACUAAGCUUGAGAUUCCCCUCAACUUGGUCAAUCAAGAGCACUAGCACCAUAGUUGGCCAAAUUUGGACUAACAAGAGUGCUCAAGAUACAAGUUAUUUCAAGAAGAUAGCAUUUAACAAUGGAGAGAAUGGUAGGCUGGGAAUUUUUCAAGCUACAUAUGAAUAUAGCCAACUGGAAAAAGUAAAGAAGUCGUGCCCAACACAGAAGCCUGUGAAGAACAAGGGGAACAGAUAUCCAAAUGUCUAUUCUUCUGACUUGAGAUUUGACAUGGCAGUUAGUGAGUCCAACAAAAGAGUAGCAUGGGGUUAUUCAUCCCCCUUUUCUGUUGGUGAUGAUGUCUCUUCCUGGGGUAACAGUAUCUCAAACUCCACGGUUCAUGAGGUAAAACUCAAUAGUACUGGUGGCCUGUUUAAUAUUAGCUACAAAAUCUCACUAUGGUUUAAUUCAACCAAUGUCUCCAAGUCCCUGCUUAAUGAGUCCUCUUUGUCCGUGAUGAUUUCUGCUGAAGGAGUUUAUGAUGCUGGAGCAGGAACCUUGUGUAUGGUAGGUUGUCGUGGUCUUAUCUCAAACUCUCUCAUACCAAUAGCUCAUUCUAUGGAUUGUGACAUUGUAGUGAAGUUUCAGUUACCACCAUUGGAUGCAAAAAAUGGAAUCUUCAUCAAGGGAAGCAUUGAAAGCACACGGAAAAAUUCAGAUCCUCUUUACUUCAAACCUUUGGAGUUAUCUUCAGCUGCAUUCUACACUGAAGCAGCUGAAAAGGUAGUUUGGAGAAUGGAUAUGGAGACCAUCAUGGUUCUGAUAUCUACCACUCUAGCAUGUGUUUUUGUGGGAUUGCAGAUAUACCAUGUGAAGAAACACACAAAUGUGCUUCCUUUGCUCUCACUUGUUAUGAUGGCAAUGCUUACUUUAGGCCACAUGGUACCCCUUGUUCUGAACUUUGAAGCACUUCUUGCUCAAAAUCCUAGCAACAAGAACUUUGUGUUUGGAACUGUUGGGUGGCUUGAAGUGAAUGAAAUAGCUGUGAGGCUAAUCACCAUGGCAGCUUUCUUGUUGCAAUUCCGACUCCUUCAACUAACUUGGUCAUCAAGAAAGAGUGAUGAAAGCAAUAAAGGCCUCUGGAUUGCAGAGAGGAAAGCUGGUUAUGUCACUCUACCCUUGUACGCUUCUGGCUUAUUGAUUGCAUUGCUGUUGAAGUCUAAGAACCAACACUGGGAGAACUUGAAAUCUUAUGGUGGUUUGGUGCUGGAUGGCUUUCUCUUGCCACAAAUCAUUCUUAAUUUGUUCUCUAACAUGAGGGAGAAUGUUCUUUCAUGUUCUUUUUACUUUGGAACUACUUUUGUGAGGCUGUUGCCACAUGCCUAUGAUCUUUACAGGGCUCAUAACUAUGGUCAACUAGAUAAUGGAUCAUACAUAUAUGCAAAUCCAAGUGCAGAUUUUUACUCCACUUCUUGGGACAUUGCCAUUCCAUUGGGAGGUAUUGCUUUUGCUAUCAUUAUCUUCUUGCAGCAACGUUUUGGUGCUCACUGUGUUCUGCCUCAGAAACUCAAAGGGUCUCAGGUUUAUGAAAAGGUGCCUGUGGUUGCUGAAUCAGAAGUUGAAGUAGAGACCACCAUCUUGUAA